AUGAUGGCGGCAGCUCCCAUCCAGCAGAACGGGACCCACACCGGGGUUCCCAUAGACUUGGACCCGCCGGACUCCCGCAAAAGACCGCUCGAAGCGCCCCCCGAAGCCGGCAGCACCAAGAGGACCAACACGGGUGAGGAUGGCCAGUAUUUUCUAAAGGUCCUCAUACCUAGUUAUGCUGCUGGAUCUAUAAUUGGGAAGGGAGGACAGACAAUUGUUCAGUUGCAGAAAGAGACGGGGGCGACCAUCAAGCUGUCUAAAUCCAAAGAUUUUUACCCAGGUACUACAGAGCGAGUGUGUUUGAUCCAGGGAACAGUUGAAGCGCUGAAUGCAGUUCAUGGCUUCAUUGCUGAAAAGAUUCGUGAAAUGCCUCAAAAUGUGGCCAAGACAGAACCAGUCAGCAUUCUGCAGCCCCAGACCACUGUUAAUCCAGACCGCAUCAAACAAACAUUGCCAUCUUCCCCAACUACCACCAAGUCCUCUCCAUCUGAUCCCAUGACCACCUCCAGAGCCAAUCAGGUAAAGAUUAUAGUUCCCAACAGCACAGCAGGUCUGAUAAUAGGGAAGGGAGGUGCUACAGUGAAGGCUAUAAUGGAGCAGUCAGGGGCUUGGGUGCAGCUUUCUCAGAAACCUGAUGGGAUCAACUUGCAAGAGAGGGUUGUCACUGUGAGUGGAGAACCUGAACAAAACCGAAAAGCUGUUGAACUUAUCAUCCAGAAGAUACAAGAGGAUCCACAGAGUGGCAGCUGUCUCAAUAUCAGUUAUGCCAAUGUCACAGGUCCAGUGGCCAAUUCUAAUCCAACCGGAUCUCCUUAUGCAAACACUGCUGAAGUGUUACCAACAGCUGCAGCUGCUGCAGGGCUAUUAGGACAUGCUAACCUUGCUGGAGUGGCAGCCUUUCCAGCAGUUUUAUCUGGCUUUACAGGCAAUGACCUGGUGGCCAUCACCUCUGCACUUAAUACAUUAGCCAGCUAUGGAUAUAAUCUCAAUACAUUAGGUUUAGGCCUAAGUCAGGCAGCAGCUACAGGGGCUUUGGCUGCAGCAGCUGCCAGUGCCAACCCAGCAGCAGCAGCAGCCAAUUUAUUGGCCACCUAUGCGAGUGAAGCCUCAGCCAGUGGCAGCACAGCUGGUGGUACGGCGGGGACAUUUGCAUUAGGUAGCCUGGCUGCUGCUACUGCUGCAACUAAUGGAUAUUUUGGAGCUGCUUCUCCCCUAGCUGCCAGUGCCAUCCUAGGAACAGAAAAAUCCACAGAUGGAUCAAAGGAUGUAGUUGAAAUAGCAGUGCCAGAAAACUUAGUUGGUGCAAUUCUUGGAAAAGGAGGGAAAACAUUAGUUGAAUACCAGGAGUUGACUGGUGCAAGGAUACAGAUCUCCAAAAAAGGAGAAUUCGUUCCUGGCACAAGAAAUCGCAAGGUAACCAUUACUGGAACACCAGCUGCAACCCAGGCCGCACAGUAUUUAAUUACACAACGGAUCACAUAUGAGCAAGGAGUUCGGGCUGCCAAUCCACAGAAAGUGGGUUGA